CAAAUUCUCGUCACACACACAAGGAGAGAGAGAGACGACUUCCUCUUACUCUUCGGAUUACCAUGACCUAGGGUUUUCGAUCCUGUGCAAGAUCGUCGACGUGAAACACCAUGGACAGGAAGCAGCCUCUUAUACCCAUUCUCCUUGUGCUAUUCAUUUUCCAGAUGCGCUUCGCUUUCUCUGGAAAAAUAAACUCAAUGGAGUCAGUUCCUGAUCUUCAGGAGGCAAUGUACAUGGUUAUUGAUGGAUUUCCAUGUGUAAGACUACUCAAUCUUUCUGGGGAGAUUGGUUGUUCAAAUCCUGGACGGGAUAAGGUUGUGGCUCCGGUUGUAAGAUUCAAGAAAGACAUGGAGUUGUCCCAUUCAUCUGCUAUUUUGGUGUCAUUAGAUGAAUUUCAGUAUCUCUUUGACAGAUGUCUGUUUCUGCUUCAGAAUAUCAAAUGAUUCAAGUCUUGCCAAGAACAUUGCUGGUGUGUUGGUUGAAUCAGGGACAGAAAUUCAAAACAAAUUGAAAGAAUUUUCUCCAGCUUACAAGUUCCCAGAGGCUGAAUUUGCACCCUAUCAAAGCAUCAGUCAUGAAUGGAACCCAAUUGGAUCUGGUGCUAUGUGGAAGGCUUAUAAUUUUCCGGUAUUCUUGCUCUCUGAGAGUGGCACUGUUACCCUGCAGGAGGUUGCUUUGAAGAAUGAGAAAAAGAAGAGAUCGUAUACUGUGGAUGUUGCUGAGUUUGACGUGGUGAUGCAGACUACCAAAUAUGGGACUCGUGAUUCGGAAUCUUGUUUAAAAGAACAAACUUGCCUUCCACUAGGCGGAUACAGUGUCUGGUCAUCACUCCCGCCAAUUAAUGUCUCGUCCUUGGACACACCCAAGCCUAUUAUAUUAGCAGUGGCAACUAUGGAUGCAGCUUCAUUUUUCCGUGACAAAAGCCUUGGUGCAGAUUCCCCUAUAUCUGGAUUGAUAGCGAUGCUAGCAGCUGUUGAUGCUCUUUCACGUGUGGAUGGUUUGGAUAGUCUCAGUAAACAGCUUGUUUUUACAGUUUUCACUGGGGAGGCUUGGGGUUACCUUGGUAGCCGGAGAUUUUUGCUUGAACUUGAUUUGGGGUCAGAUCCUGUCAAUGGCCUUUCCAACAAAUUAAUUGAGACGGUUUUGGAAAUAGGAUCCGUGGGAAAGGGCUUCAGUCAAGACAAUAAAACCUUUUUCGCUCAUACUGCUGGGGUUUCAUCUGCCACAAAUCAAACAAUAAUUGCCUUGGAACGAGCUCAAGCUUCACUCAAGUCUGAACAUGUUAUGAUCUCAAUGCCUAGUAUUUCAAAUCCUGGGAUACCUCCCUCCUCCUUGAUGGUGUUUCUAAGAAAGAAUCCUCAGACUUCUGGUGUUGUGUUAGAAGAUUUUGAUAGUGCAUUUGCCAACAAGUUCUACCAUAGUCACCUUGAUGAUGUCUCAAAUAUAAAUUCUUCAGCCAUAGCGGCAGCUGGUUCUCUGAUUGCCCGCACCCUUUACAUUCUUGCAAGCAACAGCAAAGAUUCAAGCAUCUCAAGUUUAAGUGCCAUUAAUGUGAAUGCCUCUCUAGUUCAAGAACUCAUGGAUUGCCUAUUGAACUGUGAACCGGGGAUGUAUUGCGAACUGGUGAAGAAUUACAUUUCACCUACCAAUAAAUGUCCAAGCCAUUACGCUGGUGUUAUCCAAGGUGAACCUUCCUCCACACCUUAUCUUGGAUUGGUGGAUGAUGUUUCCAGGUUUGUAUGGAAUUUUCUGGCUGAUAAGACGUCUAUUCCAAAGGAGAAUUCUAGCUUGUGUUCUCAAGAUUGUGGCAACGAAGGUGAACUGUGCCUGAGAUCUGAAAUGAAGGGGAAGGGAACUUGUGUUGUUUCUACUACUAGGUAUGUUCCAGCAUACUCGACUCGGUUGAAGUUUGAAUCUGAAACUUGGAACUUGUUGCCUGAGAACUCUUCAGAUCCCAUGGGAAUGCUGGACCCUGUUUGGACAGAGAGCAAUUGGGCAACAAUUGGGCUACGAGUUUACACUGUCCAGGAUUCUGCUUACGAUCGUAUUGUUUUACUAGCAGGCAUUGCUGUUACAGUCUUGGCUUACCUUGCAAUAUCACUUACGAGAGCCAGCAUUACAAAGGCCUUGAAGAGGGAUUGAGAAAUCUUAUUCCUGAUUAACUCUUUGUAAUCCGCCAGACAGAAAUAUAGUAUCGAGGAUCGAAUGCCAUAUUGAUUGUAUCAAAAUUGGUUUUUGUAUUUGAAGUUCCACGUCUAACUUUAGCUCACUAAUAUCCAUAGAUGCCUGUAUGCCUGACCCAUCAAUACCCAUCAAUAUAUGAUCUUGAGACAG